AUGACAGAUGUUAGGGAAACCAUCAGUCUACGGAAGGAACGUAUCAUGGUGCUGUUCUUGGGCCACUGGAAGAAUUCAGCCUACACGGUGACUCUGAAGACCAGAGAGGCAGAGAGGAGAUCCAGUGUGGACGAGGCUGGUGGUAAACCUGGGGGGACAGAUGGGAGUGGACUCCGUAGGGGAUCUCCGAUGCCUCUGGGACACUUCUUUAAACACAGGAAUGUCGUCAACAAGAUGAUUGGUGAUUGGAGGAGCAUGAUCUCCAGUGUUCAGAUUCGUCAUCUCCAACGGCAGCAGGCGUCAUACUCCCCCGAUCAGUUUCUCCCCAAGGUCUUUCUGCACUUCUAAUCCAUUUGUUGAUUCUUGUUCUGAUUGUAAUUCUGAUUCUGAUUCCUCUCUAAGGUGAACAGGGUGACAGUGGACUACAACAUCCUGACCCUUGACCUCUUCAUGCUGGGGUACUUCCACAUCCUGGAACUCGAACUCCAAGCGGAAGAUGAGACACCUGCCGUCCGGGAGUUCCACAAGGCCGUCAUGAUGGACAUCGAGGCUGGGAACCGUGAGUGGAAGGAUGGCUUCGAGGACAUUAAGGUCAAGUUCUUUUGGAACAUGUCAACUACUCAGUCUGAACUGCCAUCGUCCAGACCCCAACACCAGCCAGAUGAAGGGGCUCUGAUCAAUUCCUGCUGACAUCAAGUUAUAGUGAGGUAUGGGUGUAUUCUAAUGUUUUUUACCCCCUUCUUCAAUUAAGAUCUUGUCUCAUCACUUCAACGGGCUCAGCGAAGGUUGAAAUAUGCGUCCUCCGAAACAUGACCUGCCAAACCACGCUCCUUAACACCCGCCCACUUAACCCGGAAGCCAGCUGCACCAAUGUGUCAGAGGAAACAUGUUCAACUGAUGACAGCCUGCCCGCCACAAGAUUGCAAUGAGCCAAGUAAAUUCCCUCCGGCCAAACCGUCCCCUAACUCGGACGACGCUAUGGGACUCCCGGUCACAGCCGGUUGUGACACAGCCUGGGAUCGAACCCGGGUCUGUAGUGACGCCUUAUGCACUGCGAUGCAGUGCGUUAGACUGCUGCUCCACUCGGGAGGCCCUACUACAACGUGUUUUAUUCUGAGUGUGAAUACUUUUGUGUUCUUUGUGAAUAGUUGUUACAGAGCUUAUUAUUUAAAGAGAAACCAAUAGGCAGGCCUACAGUAAACUUUCCAAUCUCAGAAACUAAUAGGCAGAUGCAUAGUACAAGCUAUAACAUUAUUACAAUAUAUGAACAUAAAGGACAGCGUCAUGUGAUUUCUUUUGAGUAGAGCCUUUACUGUCUACCUGUUAAUAUCAUAGCAGUAAACCACCCUGCAUCCCACUGCUGGCUUGCCUCUGAAGCUAAGCAGGGUCGGUCCUGUCGGUCCCCUGGAUCGGAGACCAGACUCUGCUGGAAGUUGGAGGGCCAGUAGGCGGCACUCUUCCAUCUGUUCUAAGGAAAUCCCAAAUCCCCAGGGCAGUGAAAGGGACAUUGCCCUGGGUAGGGUGCCGUCUUUCGGAUGGGACGUUAAACGGGUGUCCUGACUCUCUGUGUUCAUAAAAAAAUCCCAUGGCACAUAUUGUAAGAGUAGGGGAGUUAACCCCGGUGUCAUGGCUAAACUCCCAACCUGGCCCCAUUCCAUCAUGGCCGCCUAAUCAUCCCCCUCAUUCCUAAUUGACAUAUAUGACUCCUCACCUCUCCACCUGAUAGCUGAUGUGUGGUGAGUGUUCUGGCUCAGAAAUGGCCGCCAUGCAUCACCCAGGUGGGCAUCACCCAGGUGGGCAUCACCCAGGUGGGCAUCACCCAGGUGGGCAUCACCCAGGCGGGCUUCACCCAGGCGGGCAUCACCCAGGUGGGCAUCACCCAGGUCGGCAUCACCCAGGUGGGCAUCACCCAGGCGGGCAUCACCCAGGCGGGCAUCACCCAGGCGGGCAUCACCCAGGCGGGCAUCACCCAGGUGGGCAUCACCCAG